AUGUCGCCUCCAAAGAAUGCUCUUAUUGCCGUUACGUCGGCACACGCAGCCUUGUAUCCCGAAGGCAAAGAAACUGGUCUCUUCAUUACGGAGGCAUUACACCCAUUUGAAGUGUUUCAAAAGGCCGGUUUCGAAGUCGAUCUUGUAUCUGAAACUGGAACCUAUCAGCCCGACUGGCUUUCACAGCAAAAAGACUGGCUAUCGGAUUCCGAGCGUGAUAUAUGGGAGGAUCAUUCCAGCGAGUUUCGUAGCAAGCUGGAUCAUCUUCUUCAGCCAAAUGACAUUGACCCAGCAAAGUACGGACUAUUUUUUGCUUCGGCUGGUCAUGCGUCCUUGAUUGAUUACCCCGUUGCUCAUGGGCUUCAUGCGGUUGCUUCCAAAAUGUAUGCUUCGGGAGCAGUCAUUUCAACAGUUUGCCACGGCGGUGCAAUAUUCCCAGGCAUUAUUGAUCCAGCCACCUCGAAGUCGAUAAUCUCGGGCAGAAGAGUCACCGGAUUUACUACCCAAGGUGAAGAAGAAGAAGGAGUUCUUGACACUAUUAAGAGUUGGAACCGCCCUACCAUUGAGUCGCAUGCAGUCAAUGAGGGUGCGACUUAUGUUCCUCCACCAGGACCAUGGGACGCUUUUGCAAUCUCAGAUGGACGUAUUGUUACUGGUGCCAAUCCCGCUAGUGCUACGGUCACGGCUGAAGAGGCUGUCAAGGUAUUCCAAACUUUGUAA